UGCCUCGCCACCGCCUCUCCGUUUUCUACCAGGCGGUCUGUCUCCCCGCGCAGCACCAGAGAUGAAUGCCAACAUAUGCCUCGAACGUCAUUGUACUCCACCGGCCAACAUAUAAGUAGCGACGAGCAUGCCCUCCGCGCUCUUCACUCUAGGCUUGUACACCCACUAUGGCAGCUUUUCUGAAGAAUACGACCGACAGCAUUGGCAAAGGCGUCGGUGCUGGCGUCAAGGGCGUUGGAGACGGCCUUGGCGCUGGCGCCAGAAGUGUCGGCAACGGGCUUAACGCUGGGGUGAAAGGGGUCGGUAGUGUCGCCUCUGCUGGCGCGAGCGUCUUCAACCCUUCCACACAGAAAGAGGAGCACCAGGCUCCCGAGCAACGCCCCGCCGAGAGCGCGCCCCCAUCACGGCCAUCGGCCGAACAAUCUGUAGAUCCGACUCCGCCAGCCGCACCGACGACUAGCCAGCAACCCACGCAGCAAGUUCCCGAGCCAGCAGCGAACGCGCAGGCGCCUCAGCCGCAGCAGGCGGAGGGCAAAGGCUUCGUCUCUGGCCUUACUUCUGGCGUUACGUCCCUCGGUGGCAAUGUCGGGCACGGGCUGACCACCGGCGCGUCCGUCGUCGUAAACCCAGCCGUACAAGCAGGCCAGCUCGGUGGAAAAUUCGUCCAGAGCGUUUCUUCCGCCGGUUUCGACAUAGGAAAGGGCGUCGCCAAAACGGGAGCGAAUGUCACGACCGGCGUGGUCAAGGGCACCGUCGAUCUGGCGGGGACGGCGGUUGGCGGUAUCGUCAACACCGCUGCAGAGACCAGCGGGAAGGUCUUCCAGCCCAUCGCGAGUGGACUGAAGGCGGUCGAGGGUCUCCAGGCGCUCGGCGAGGGCUUGGAGAAGGUCAACGGGCUCCCGAUGGCGGCUGUGAGCCAGGUGAGCACGUUGACCAUGAAGGCGAUGAACAUGAGCGGAGUGACGCCUACCUUCUUCGAUCCCGAUGCGGACGGCGUCGUCAACAUCAACGACACCAUCAAGGGCCUCAUCGUCUUGGGUCUGGAGGAUAAGUAUGCUACCUAUGCCGCGUACGCGCUACACACUAUCUUCAGCUACUCCACAUCGAACUCCUGGAUCCCAGCUAUGGACACCAAUCUACCUAUCCAUGUGAACAAGAUGAACGAUACGCGGUGGGGCAAGAACUGGGGCACGUUCGAGCGGAUGAACUGGUGCGACGACAUUGAAGUCGAGACUUUCUUCCAGACUGCCGAGCCCAAAGAGACGUCUGCCUUCGAGCGAUGGAAGGAGACCUUUAAGAAGGGACGUCAGUAUUUCGGUGUGCUCUUGCUUAUCUUUGAGUGGGGCACGACAUGGCCAUUCUGGAUGCCACCCCAGCCUCCGCAAGACAUCCCGUUCAAGGACGAUAUUGGCAAGGUCGUCAGGUCGGUCAUCUUUCCGACCAUCUUCAAGAACUUCCAGAACUCGCACGAGGGGCAGGAGAAGGAGGCGCCUCCUAGUCCGAACAUGCCAUCCGGCGCGACGAAAGCGUGAUACGGAAUAUACGUGAUUUGCGAGAAUGAACGGACUGGCUUUUCGCCUGUUGUAUACUAUACCAUGUAACAUACCUUGUGACCUUUCUCUAUCUCUGUAUCGCACAUGCUACGCUCAGUCAUGCAGCGGCGCCGCAGCGAUUGACCCAAGGCGCAGUCGUAUAUAGUGACU